AGACGCUUCUGCUUGGAGACAGCUAACAAAUGUUAGCAUGAAUGGGUGGCGUCGUGGACGUGCUAGCUCACUAACCUCAGUUUUAAGUUACCAUACUUUUAAUGUCUGCCAUACUUACUGCCACGACUUGUUCUUCAGUCUCCCUAUUAUGGAACUAUGAGCGAGAGACAGAAGCACCGUGGGGACGAGGAGCUGGUCAAAGAGCUAUGCUUGGCUAAUGGAGUGUCCUAUGAAAAAAUUGCGCAAGUAGGAAGCAACAUCACCUCCCUGGAGAUGUUCUUCUCUGGUUUUCCUCGCAUGGUCGGGCUUUCCUUCUUCCCAAGGCUGUGCCGGCUUACCAUCGUGGGCCAGAACAUAAAACACAUUGAGGGGCUUGAGUGCUGUCCUCUGCUUCAGGAGCUCUGGGUAGCCGAGUGCCAUCUGACAGAAAUAUGUGGACUACAGAAUUGUCUGCAAUUAGAGAAGCUCUAUCUGUAUGAUAAUCAAAUCUGUGAAAUAAAGAAUUUAGAAUUGCAGACCAGCCUAGAAGUCCUGUGGCUCAAUAAUAACUGCAUAACUCAGAUACAGGGCUUGAACACGCUUCAAAAUCUCAAAGAACUAAACCUCGCUGACAACGAUAUUGAAAAGAUUGGACAUAGCCUUGAUCCUAAUGUGAGCCUUCAGAAUCUUAAUCUGUCCGGGAACAAGAUAAAUUCCUUUAAGGAAUUGACCCUGCUUGCCCACCUACCCCACCUACAAGAGCUAGCACUAAAGGACCCCACAUCUACCCCAAACCCGGUGUGUCUGCUGUGUAACUAUGCAACACAUGUGCUUUAUCAUGUGCCGGGCCUUCAGCGACUCGAUACCUAUGACGUCUCAAGCAAGCAAGUCAAGGACACAGCGGAGUCCACAGUAAUGAAGAAAAUGAUGUACUACAACAUGCGUGUACGCACUGCUCAGAGGAACCUGGCAGAGGCCCAACUCAGACUGACGGAGAGAAAGAAAACGAUGUUACAGCUACCCGAAGAAUGCAUAAGAACAAUCACUCAAGCCACCAAGAAUCUGGAACGUGAGCUCUCCAAGGUGCCAGCUGGUCGUAAGAAGUCGGCCUGCAUGUCAGAGGAUGGAUUCGGCCACCUGGUUGAAGGUGACCCAACCACUGACAUUGGUUGCGAUCCUGCCCUGGAGCACAAAAUCCUCACCAAGAUCGAAGCACUGAAGGAGAGACUGGUGCUAUGGACGAGGAGGCUGGAUGAGAUUGAAGCCUGGUAUGAGCAGGAAUCAGUCCAAGCCUCAAACAUGAUGGAAUAUACUGUCCAGUUCCUGCUGAUGGAGCUAGAAAGUGUUGGAAAUAUUCGUUUGGAAGAGGGCUGCCCGACAGACCCUUGGUUCACUUCCUGUUGCGACCUCUUGCUGGCCCGCUUCUCUCAGUCAGACUUUAAGGGUCACAACAUAACUGGGAUUAAGAUCAAUCGAGUCAUCCGCAUCCACAACAGUGCUUUGAGACUUCGCUUUGAGGACAAACUCCACACCCUUCUAACCAGCGAAAAGUCUGCUACCUUUUCACGGAAUUACCGGCGUUGGCUGGAGUACUUGUUCUACACAGCUGACCCUGAGAAAAAUAAUGAGAAGGAGGACAUUUUGCGCAUUGUAGAGGAAGGCUUCAAAGCAGCAGAACAAUAUAAGGCCUUGGAAAUAGAAUGUGCUAUACCUUUAUCGAAUAGCCUUAGUGUGACUGAACAGCCCAGAAUUGAACACACACUGCGCCAGGCCAGCCAAGGCAAUUCUGAGCACAGCACGGACACAAUCCCCUUCAGGCACGGUAAGCUCAUUGUUUCCAAAGUGUUCGUGGGCCACAGCAUGCCUAUUCGAGAGGGAGAUCUGGUAGAUAGGAGCAGCUAUCCCAGAUUCUACUCUGUGUAUCACAAUGUGGACACCAACAACAGAACUGCAGUGAGUGAAGAGAGACCUCGCUUUUCCAAAACACACGCUGUCCCUGAGUGUGGUCCCAGACAAAGACAGUGGUUUGUGUUUGAACAUGAGCUUGUCCUGCCUGAGUACAUCAUAUAUUUUGAAUACAUCACCGAGGAUGAAGAACAAACUGCAUUGCUGGGCCACAGUCCAGGCAGACACGAUAUCUCUUCCAAUGAUAUCAUCCUUGACAAAGAAGCCCUCAACAUGGAACCUGUGCUGAAACCACAGCCCACAUUGUUGAGUUUGGAUGACAAAAUUCUUCUUAAUGUGGCCAGAGCCAAUGUACUCAGUCAGAUCACUGUGUUGAACCUUCAUGGCAACAGUCUGAGCAAAAUAAAGGAGAUCUCCCGCCUCACAGCUCUGCGGCAUCUUACCAUCAGCUUCAAUGAGUUCACAUGCCUGGAUGACAUUUCUCACAUGCCCAACCUUGAGUUUUUAGAUGCUAGCUUUAACAACAUAGUGACCCUGGAAGGGCUGAGGGCCUUGGGUCAGCUCAAACAGCUUGAUGUGCGCUGGAACAAGUUGACCAGGGCCAGAGAGGAUACGGCUGUGCUAAGAAAACACACACCUGCCCUGCUGAAGCUUGACACCCGAUACAACCCCUGGAACAGGCCCAAAGCACACAGAAUGACCAUACUGGGCCGUCUCACGACUCUCACACACCUGGAUGAUAAGAUGGUUGCAGAGGAGGAGGCUGCUGAGGCUGUUCUGGUGGCUGCUGGAUGCAAAAUUAACAAGGCAUCUCUUCUGGCUCACUCACGGACCAACAGUGAGCGUCCCCGCAGUCUCAGUCAGCUGUCAACAGCCCAGCUCCUGUGUCUUCUCAGUCCUGCGUCCUGGGGCCUCGGUAAAGAACUGGAUAUAUACUGGACCACAAAGAUCACCACCCUGAAUUUGGACAGCCAGAGUAUCCCCAAACUGAUCAAUCUGAAUAAGCUGGUGAACCUGCGUUGGGCCUCCUUUAAUGAUAAUGACAUUUCUAAAGUGGAGGGUCUUGACAGCUGCUCCAAGCUGGAGGAGCUCUCCCUCAACAACAACAACAUCAGUACACUCAGUGGCCUGCCAAAACUCCACUGCCUGAAUAAACUGAGCGUAGAUGGCAAUCAGCUGUCCAGUCUGGAUGCUUCAGUCCUAGAUCAGCUGCCCAACCUGUCAUUCCUGUCUGUGGAGAACAACUGUAUCAGUUCCCUGCAUGGCAUCCACAGAGUUCGCUCCCUCCUUGAGCUCUACAUCGGCAACAACCAAAUUUCCACAUCACAAGACAUCUACUAUCUGAAGGGAUUGACAAAUCUCAUCAUUCUUGACCUUUAUGGGAAUCCUUUACUGGAGAGACUGGAAAACUAUCGGAUUUAUGUUGUUUUCCAUCUUCCCUCUCUAAAAGCUCUGGAUGGAAUUGCAGUGGAGGUAACUGAGUUUAAAAGUGCAAAGAACAUGUAUGGAGGAAGACUAACCAGUGACAUGGUAACAGAGAAGCUGGGCCACUCAAACUACACAGACAUCACCUACCUCGUCCUGCAGUCCUGCUCCAUUAGGACGGUUGAUCUGUGUCCGGCAGACCUUUUCUGUAACCUGCUCAGUGUCAACUUAGACCACAACAACCUCACCUCUUUCUCCGGCAUCAUCUACCUGCCUAAGAUCAAAGCUCUAUGUCUAAACUACAACCACAUUGAGUCCAUCCUGCCCAGACAGAAGAAUCAUCUGACAAACAGACAGAUACUGUACAGCAAAGUACAGUCCAGUGGCUACGGCCAACAGGGCCCACCCAAAGGCAAAGGGGAAACUGGGCCCACUUGCAGUCUGGAGCCACUGAUGGACAGCCUGGAGGUGCUGUAUUUGAGUCACAAUGGAAUCUCCAAUAUGGCCAAUCUGCAGCUCAGCAGGCUAACCAAUCUUAAAGCGCUCUUUCUUCAAGGUAAUGAGAUCAGCCAGGUGGAAGGACUGGAGGGGCUUCAAAAGCUCAGAGAGCUUGUGUUAGACAGGAACCGGAUCAAAGCUCUGGCCAGUAAUUCCUUCGUAGGCCAGAACCUACUGCUAGAACUGCACCUAGCAGAGAACCGGAUCCGGGAGCUCAACCAUCUAGAUCCUUUGAUUGAGCUCCGCAAGCUCUUUCUUGGCAAGAACAAGCUGCAGGACAUCACAGAGCUUGACAAACUAGAAGUCCUUCCUUCACUGACGGAGCUCUCCAUCGUUGGCAAUCCUGUGGCCAAAAAUUCUCUCUACAGACCAGCAGUGGUGCUCUGUCUAUCUCAGCUGCAAGUGCUAGAUGGAGUGAUGGUUACCCUUGAGGAAAGGACCAGGGCUGAACUCCAUAUUACCGAUCAACCACUAUGCUCUCAGUGCCCUGGUACAACUGAAAUAAACCUACCUGGACUGCUACCCCUCAUGCCCCGACACACCCCAAUAAGAGGAAUAAGUACAGGACUGCAGAACCUCAUCCACGGCCAUGAUGUCCCGGCAAGUAACAUGGACGAGGCCCAAUCUCAUUACACUGACAAAAACAAGAAGCACAGGCACAGUAAUGGUGCUCGAAGUGGCCAAACUGGCAUCCCCUUUGGACACAUUCGAAGGACAGGAAACAACCCGACGACCACAGGCCUUCUUCCAGACGGGAACAGAGUUAUCAUCACGUUUCCCAUCCAGGAGCAAGACAGCAGAUUUCCAAAUGGUGGCAAACCUCCACCCAUGUAGCAGCCAGAAGAGGUGAAGCAUGCACUGAUACUUGUCAGCGAUCAAACCAUAGGUGAACGUAUAGGACAGCACCGACAGUGGUUUGGUCUUAGAUCAAAUUGUUUAAGGACAUAACUUGAUGAAGGGGUUCUCUGUCUCUUUGUAAGUGUGCCUUAAUGUACAUAAGCAUUGCCUACAUUUGUACAUUCAAUGAGGAAAAAGUCAGAACACAGGAUAAUUCAAGUGCCUCUGCUUUUAUUAUCUGGUGAUGAAUAAAGAAAUAAAACAUCAAACAUCAAAAUA